AUGGAGAUAAAUCGAUUGAAUGAUCGGAGUCCUUAUCCAGAAAUUCUUGAUUUUGCAACACCCACAAUAUCUUUCGUUGCUCACGAAAUUGCAACUAAUCCAGACGUUCAAGUGAAAUUACGGCAGGAAAUUGAUCAAAUAUUAGAAGAAUCGAAUGGACAAGUGACUUUUGAAAUUAUUAAUCAGUUUCAAUACUUAGAUGCAAUAAUAAAGGAAACUCUUAGAUUAUAUCCAGCCAUUAUCUUAGAAAGAGUAUGUGAUGAGACUUAUGAAUUACCACCCGCGUUACCAGGCGAGAAGCCCUUCAUUAUGAAGAAAGGUAUGACUGUUUGGAUUCCGGCUUAUGCGAUCCAUCAUGAUGCAAAGUAUUAUGAUGAUCCAGAAAAGUUUCGUCCUGAAAGAUUUUUAGACAAUAAGAUGUAUCACAACUCUCCAUGCUAUAUACCGUUUGGAUUAGGGCCGAGAAUGUGUAUAGCGAAUAGAUUUGCUAUGCUAGAGGUAAAAGUCUUACUUUUUCAUCUAUUAGCACGAUGUGAGCUAAAACCUUGUGUAAAAACAACAAUGCCAUUAAAAUUCAGCAAAAAAACUUUAAUGCUAAAGCCGGAAGGUGGAUUUUGGUUAAAUGUUCAACGCAGAAGCGAUAUGCAUCCUGUGCUUUAAUCAACAAUCGUUGAUUAAUCAACGAUUGUUGAUUAAA